AUGACUGAAAACAGUAGUGAUGGUUUUGUUCGCCCUUUGUGGCUCACUGAUCCACCGAUGGAAGGCCAAGAAGCGUUUUUCGAAGGCGUUCCAAUGGUCGAACUUGAAGUAAAAACGAUGACGGCGCCUGAACAGAAUCGUCCAAGCGUUAGAUCGUUAUCACAUAAAGUUAACGAGCCGAAAGAAACAAAUGGCUUUAUGGUUAACCAUGAAAGUAAAUUGGAAGAAUCGUUGUUAAGGGCAGUUCAAGAGGAAAACCUCGAGGUUGUCGAGGUUCUUAUCGAUCACUAUCUGCAGUUGUUUAAUUUAGAAGAAUUAUACGAUAAUUCCGUGUCCUCUGAAGCGACGCAAACCAGAAAAACGCCGGUUAAUUUUCUGCCGCUUGUGGUCGCCGCGCACUUAGGGAACUAUAAUGUUUUGAAAUUGUUUAUUUCUAAAGGUUUUAAUUUGGAAAAACCUCACGAUAUACACUGCGAGUGUGACCGCUGCCAAGAAGACUAUUUCAGGCAGUCACAAAAAAGACUGGACAUUUAUAGAGCUAUGGCGAAUCCAAUGUGGAUCUCUUUAACAGGAACAGAUCCAUUUCUGACCGCUUUCAAACUCAGUAAGGAUUUAAAAUCAUCCGCCAAGCAAGAAGAUGAAUUUGAAAAAGAUUAUCUGGCUCUGUCGCUUCAAUGUGGCCAAUUUGCUUUGGGACUUUUGGACGAAUGUAAAACCUCUAAGGAACAGACCACCGUUUUAAAUUUCCCCGGAAGCGAGGCCUCGAAAGGAGAGUUCUGCGAGGAAUCGUUGGGUUUAGUACAUAGCGCUAUUGCAUACGGUCAAAAAGAGGUAGGUACUACAGUAUUGAUGUAAUCGAAUUACCUCUAAUCGAGAAUGAGUAUUUACGAAACAGGUACUUUAUGGAGAAGACUGACGAAGCUAUGUAUUUAUUUCAAUAAAUCUUAAUGUUUGCCAAGUCUGUUUUUAUCUUGGCGAUAUUAAACCGGUUACUCGGAGGUGGGCAUAUGUCAUCGCAUUACCAAACGGCAACAAAUUAUAUUUUCAGUACCAGAGCAGGUUUUGCAAGUUUUUUGUUUUGUUUUGGAUUUUUGAUGCUGAAUCCAACUUUGGUUUAUAAUACAGAAAGAGAAAAAAAUCGUAAACGUCUCCGCUCUUGACAAGCGAGGCAAUUUUCUAAAGAGUAAAUUUGCAUACAGCAAUUGUUAGUUCUGUUCUUGGCAAAAUUUAAAGGAAUCAUGACAAAUUGAACGCAAAAAGAUCUCUUUCUUAAUGUGUUUAAUAUCUUUGCGAACACCUUAUACUUGACACAUCGAAAGGAAACCUUUCGAAUAACGCCGGAUUUCCAUUAACCGCCAUUGUACAAAGCCAAGGGAACUGAAAAAAACAUGUUUAAUUUUACUUCUUUUGGAAAUGUUUUGUGCAUUCAGCUUGGAACAGCAGGAAAGCAAAAGUUAUUAAACAAAGUAAAGUCACCUAAAGACGAUUCCCGUUACAUUUUCUUGGCAAGAAGAUUCGAUUGAAACUUGUUGAAAUUGCUAAGACAGAAUUUACUGUCAAAAUAAAUAGAGAAGGAAAAUAGACGCAAAUACUGACUCGCCGAAAGAAAACGUCUUAAAAUACGAAAUUAAGACUAUUUGUACAGUGCAAGUUAAGUGUUAACCUAAAUUAGUAUUUAGUAAAUGCUUUACGGUAUACGCAUAAAAAAUUUUACGAAAUUCAAAUUUAAGUUAGCCGCUAAGCGCAACUUAGAACAAAGUUCACUGAAGCAGGAAUUCGCCAAGACAAGUUAGAACAAGAAGCUAUUGAUACAGAAUCUUUGAUUUCUCGCUGCAUAUUCUUGUUUGAAAUUAUGUUCGCUUACGGCCUGUUAAAUAAAACUAGCGAUGCGGUAUAUUAUCAAUCAAAAGGCAAGAAGCAGGUGUCCACUAUUGUAAGAUUCGACUAAAUUGAUUCUACGCACCAGAUAGAAUGAAAAGACUCAAGAUAUGAAUAAUUGUAAUUUUUUCUUGUCUGUAUUAACGCCAAAAAACAUAUUCUUUUUCAAAGGGAAAUGAGAAUUACUCACUUGUGGCUUAGUAAAUCCCUUUUUAGCGAGCCGAACUUGCUAAUUACCGCUGAAUCUUAGCAACGCUGCGAGGAAUAUUUGUUGCAACGGAAGCGGAGGAACCGCAACAGCAGCAGGGGUAAAUUUCGAAACGGGUGAAUCAUAAUUAUGGAAACCAUUAAUAUUUAUGUGCUCUUUGGUAAACAUGUUUCAAAUGUUGCUUCUAUGCUUGAAAGGAAUAUAAGUGUGUUUUACUAAUAUCAGAUUAUGGUUUUCAUUGCGUUUUUAGAUAAUCCCAAGAUCGUUUCCAUCAAAAUCUUGAAUUAAACUUGUUAUAUAUAUAUAUAUAUAUAUAUAUAUACAUUUAAAAAGGGCAAUAUCUAUUUUGAUAAAUUUAUUUUGAUCUGAGAUUACUAAGAAUUUAGCGUUAAUUCAUCAAAUGUGCUGAAAUUGUAAAAAUAACACAUAACUAAUCCUUUUUUUAUCUUUAACCCUGGCAGAGUGCUUGGACUGAUAUGUCAAUCCUGUGCUGGUUGUAUUUUUCAUUUUCGGACUUAUUACCAUCGAAAUAGAUUCCCGUGAAGCUGUCAAAAUUACACAAACCCCACAUUAAAUUGUUCGUUUCUACGAGAAAUUUGAGUUUUAUAACGGAACCUCUUUAUGAAUGAGAGUAGCAUUUGCAAUUUUCUAACCAAUUCAUCCGAAAAGCCUUUUUUUAUUUGCUCUUAAGAACAAUGUUUACUCUGUCCACUGUUUGCUUUUCAAAAUAAAAAUUUACAAUAUCCUUGAUCGAUUUGUCAUAGAGGAGAUGAAAUGAUUCCGCUUUUUUCUUUCUCUCUUGAUUUACUUUGGAAUUUCUAGUUUUCUCGAGUAUUUUCUGCAUUUGCAAACACAAACAAAAUAAACUCGCCAUCAACGUCGCUGUUACUUUAGGCAAAUCACCCUCAUGCACAUAGACAUCUGCCCACUUCCAAUGAAAGCAUGUAUACGGUUACAGAGAGUGGUGCUCUUCAAAUGGAGCCUAAUCUUUACGAUAUUGCCUCAGGGCAAAAAGUGGAAACAUUCCGUCAAUUUUUAGUCACAAUCUUGCAUUUUAUGCAUGAUCAGGGAUGACUUGUAUAUCUCGCGAUGUAAAGUAGCUAAUCAGCUUUUUUACCAUAAACGUGAUAAAUUUUACAGGAAGUUUUAUUUCCAUGAAUCAAUUUCGCUUCUGUUGCACGUUGAUAUUAUAAGAAAGAGGUUUUGAAAUUAUGUGAUCUCUUCUUUCAAUAUGGCCGGUAAAGUUCGCCACUCGAACACCACAAUCUGUUUUAUCAGUAACUUCGACCAAACUUCAAACAAAACCUUAAUUUAUAAGCUAGUUCUUAAAUUAUACUCUUCUCCUGCCAAGUCGCUCAUUUGUAUUCGUGAUAUCCAGCUGAUCGUACCGGUAACCACUUAUUUUCCUGAGAUAACAUCGCCAACGCGCCCGGUGUUUUGUCCAAUUCCGUUUGAUAAGAAUACGUUUAACCUCCGCUUGGAAAAAAAAAAUGACAAAUAAGAAAGCCUUUGCGUUUGUAGUUCGUUGUUUUUUUAAUUUUCAUUUAAGAUUAGCUAAAGUAAAGUAUUUCGGGUUUAUGUUUCUGUGCCGUCGGGCCCUCUUUAGAGGGGAUAAGACUGGUUUAUCUGCUUCAAAGGUCAGAGUUUUUUAUGCUGAAAAGAAGGGACGGUACGUGAGUUAGUGCUCUCUAUCACGAAGCUUACAGUUAAUUAACCGAGGUGGGAGGCAUGAACGCACCGCUAAUCAGAACCAAGUUGUCUUAUGCGACUGACAGACAACCACCCAAGCCACUUUUUGAUAAAGUUCAUACAGAAUGGCAAAUCAACAGUAUGCCCUCUACUCUCCUUCUCUGCUAUUGUUUCCUUUUACAGAUUUCUUACAAUAGAAAUUUCUUAUUUUCUUUCGCUUAUUUUGCGAGACAGCUGUGGUUUUGUUACUACGUUUUCUCUUUAAAAGUUGCGCAGGAAAUUGACGCGCGGACGGCCAAAAUUGAUUCCCUCCCUCGCACAUGCGCGACGUUUGACCGCUGUGUUUGUGACGUGUCACUAAAAUAUGUUCUUCACAAGGCUCAGGGCAAGAAGGGCCAGCCCUUCCCUACUGAAUAAUGGCAGAAAUCUCAAUCUCCUUGAUUUACACUUAAUGUUAUUUUUCAGUUCGUAGCACAUCCAUUCUGUCAGCAUCUUGUCAUGAGCUGCGUCUUCAGAGGUGUUCCGUGGCGGACUCAGAGCAUCGCUUUUAGAAUACUUUACGUUCUAUUCCAAGUGCUGAUCUAUCCAAUGAUGGCUUUUAUGUAUUUCUUCUUUCCCUUCUUACGAAUAAGCCGUAAAAUCAAAAGACCCUUUAUUAAGUUCGUCAACCACACCACUUCUUUUGUCAUAUUUCUCUCUCUUCUUGCGGCAUCUUCUCACGAACAAUUUAAUAUACGCUUCGGUAAAGUACCAUCACUACUGGAGUGGAUCAUCCUCAUGUGGAUUCUCGGAAUAGCUUGGGGAGAGUGUAAACAAGUGUGGCACGAUGGCGUCUUAAGAUACCUGUCCAGUGGAUGGAACUGGAUGGACAUCGGAAUGAUUGUUUUAAUUCUCGGAGCCUACAUAGGAUGGUUUGUGCGAGCGAUUAUCGGUCGUUACACCAUCUUGGACGACACAGCAGACCACUUCCUAUUGAGUGGAGCCGACGGCUUAUACGCUCUUGGUGUGAUUGCUAGCUUUUUUCGCUUGGUAUACCUGUGUCAAAUCAGCCGGUAUCUCGGACUUCUUCAACUUAGCCUUAGUCGCAUGGUGCGAGUGAUAUUUCAGUUUGCAUUCAUCAGUGUAGUAAUGUUGAUAUCGUUUUCUGUCAGCAUGACUAUGUUGUACUCGUCUUCAUUUGAAGCGUACGGCCAGGAGAGGCCUGAAAGAAAUACCACAGAUGUCAUACAAAGUCUGAUAAGCAAAGGAUAUCACAGGUAAGCGAAUCGCUUCGGUUUGAUGGCGCCGAGUGUGUUACUGAUACCCUUCUGUGAUGAUAUAUCUGAACCACUCAAGAUAUCAUGGAAUCUAGUUAUAUAUAUAUGUAAGAAAGAAGCAAAAGUUUUUAAAUUUUUUUUAUAUAAUUGCAUAAUGGGUGAAGGGGAGGGAAGGAGGCUUUUACGUGAACACAGCUGAUUUCAGGCGACGAAAAUAUGUUGAUAAAGAGUGUGCCACAAAUGGUGAACAAAUUCUUGAACCGUGCAAUAUCAUCAACUUCUAUUGAGAGUAACACGAUGGUAUAACGUCACGCUAUAUGACUAGGAAGAAAGGGCUCAUAGGUGAGCGAGGGGGAAGGGGGGACUUAAAACUCUGAAAAAGGGCUAAUACUCAAAACGUCAGCUUUGAAAUCUUUACGGCGGCCAAUUUACGUUAUCAACUCUGCUGAUAGAACCAAAUUACCCUGUUAUACUCUCUCACCGACGCGUGCGCAGCACCACAGUUUCUUUCGAAGCUCACCUCUUUAUUCGUGCAAUAUGUAUAUUGUUUACCUUUCAGUCUGAUGACAACUAUGGUGACAAUGAUGUGGGCGAGUCUAGAUAUGGUAACACUUGAUAGUCUUCAGGUGUUCAAAGAUCAAAGUUUGAUUCAGAUUUGGAGCGCCAUUUUAUUCACGCUCUAUCACGCAGCAUCGCUCAUUGUUCUUUUAAACAUGUUGAUUGCAAUGAUGAGCAACUCAUAUCAACGAGUGGAGGUAUUUAAACCGUUGUUGGUAGAAUGCAUAGAAUAAGAACGUGUUCUCCCCGGAGAGUCUCGAUGUGGUGAUGGCUUUUACGGCUAACGGUUAAAAUUUUGCCCAUUUUACUGCUAACAAUUAAUUUCUUUCUAUUACGGUUUACAGAAAUAUUUUACAAAAUUUCAAUCAUUUCGAAAAGUUAGUUAUUCAUAAUCAAUAUUCUAAAACACAGUCACUUGCUCGCUUUUGACAUAGAGUAAUUUCAUAUUUUCCUUCAUUGGCCACAAGAAAAGACACAUGACAGUCUAAGAUUUUGACACUUUUAAAAUUGCAUAAUGUGUACAGAAAAUGUAUUUAUGGUGACUUUUUUUCUAUUGCACGGUUAAAAUUUGUCAAUUUUUUACACCUAACGGCUAACUUUUUCUGCCGAUUUACGGCUAACAGUAAAACUCAUUGAGACUCUCUUCAUUGAUUUGCUCAAAAGACAGUAAAGAUUUCAAGGGAUCUGGGGAAAGUCAUAUUAACAUUCGUUGACCUGGUUUUUUUUCAACCAAUCGAUCAAAAUUUGUAUAAAAAUUUAUAUCUUUACAGCAAAUUUCUUAUCAAAUGUCAUCAAUCUGAGUAAACAUGAAAACGUCACUUGCAAACAAAUGCUUUAUGAUCUUGGAAAAAAGACUGUCUCUAAAAUAAACUUCCUCAAUGGCUGACGGAAAUAGCUGUCUUCCAGAGGAAAUUUUUAAUAUGUUAGUAAAUAAUAGAAGUGGGCACUCAUUUUUCACCUGCUCAUUUAACUGACAAAUUUUCAGAUCCCUUGUUAUUCAGUUAACAAACACCUUUCUUGCGCAUAUCAACUCGCCAUUGAUUGCAGCUAAUUAGUCUCAAACCCAGACUUCUCUCGCUUUUUUUGUUUUCCUCUAUUUCUCUUAGGACAACAUUGAGACAGAAUAUAAGUUUGCUCGCGCCCAACUAUGGGCUGAUUACAUCGGAGACGGAGUUGCUACUCUCCCUCCCCCUCUUAAUCUCAUUCCUUCUCCGAAGAGUAUUGUGCGUUGGGCUUGUAAACUAACAAACAGAUGCUUUGGAGUUCCCAAGAGAUUGCCUUGUUGCACCAACGUAAGUAUUAAUUUUAUUUCAUUCACAGACUGAGACAUUGGCCUUCGGAAUUAAUUUAUAUUUUUGUACACAAAGCACGCUUUUUUUUCGUUCUAUAUUCAUCUGUAAAUACUCUGACUGAGGCACUAGCUAUCCCUAAACGUUUACUUAACGGCAGCUUAGAUAUAAGUUUAGGCUCAACUCAAGAUGUUUUUCACUAAAAUUUGCCCAUUACAACACUCUUUUAAUUGACAGUUGAAAAAAAACGAAACCAAAGUAAGUAGUACAGCUGAUCAUAACAAAGAAUAACAUUAUCAUUUGCCUAUGAAACUCUUCGUAAAAAAUGGCAAACCACCAAAAGCUCGGGAAAAUGCGGCUGACCGAGCCACGAUUGGUGCCCGUUUUGCGUCUGAUUGGUUGAGAGGAUGGCGCAAAGUUUUUCUGGACGAAUCACAGGGCGAAAUGAAGCAAAAACAAAAGUCUUGAGUCUUGACUACGAUAACAUAUUCUUCAGAACUCCCACGUCAAUUUGCAUCUCAGUGAAACAUUGUGGUUAUCUAAUCAUUUGGUUAUUAUUUGUUUAUUAAUCAUUAACGUUUUCUUGCACAUACAGGAACAAUUUCGUGUUUACCAUGAAAGCAACAUGGAUAUUGAACAGAAGAAACAAAACUAUCAGGUGCCCACGGCUUUAAAAUGAAUUAUAUAUAUUAUGACCGUAUGCAGUUUUUUUACCGAAAAAGCUCCCUUACGUUUUAUUUAGUGCUCGCAAAUACGACACUUAUCUUGAGAGAAUACGAUAAGGUGAGAGCCUCGAAUUCGAUUGUAGAGUGGAAUUAUGCUUGAAAGUAAUCAUGGGAAGGAAAACAAGAGUAACGGAAACGGAGGGAACUUUAAGUCUCAUCAACAUGGAUAAAUAGAAGUGGAAACGGCAUAUCAGCAUAGCCCUUUUGAAACAGCAAAUUCUGAGAACCAACUGCAUAAAUGGUAACAUUAGGUUGUCAGCAUGGAGAUUCGGGUUAUUUACUGAAAGUGCAUUAGCCCUUCAACGCCUGAGAGUGACUGGCAUUUAAUAUCUCCUUACAAUAUCACCCCUGAAUCUAACACGAGAAUAAAGGUAAUGAUUAUUAACUAAAAGGAGCCCUUGAUUGUCUGACUAAUUCUCCCUGUCGACACUUUAGGAAAUGUCUAGAGAAAGGUGUAGAGAAUAUAUAUACUGAUGUUAGGGUGUGAAGGAUUAAAGCAUUUAUUUUGGUCGCAUCAAAGAACAAAAGGUGGCGAAAAAUAUCGUAGCCUAGCUGAUUUCCAAUAUGCUUUCAUUUUCAAGAAUGUUGUCCGAGAGCUUAUCAGACGUUACUGGGCCCGGCGAAGACGUCAGAAAACCACUACAGAGAAUGCCAUUCCCGAUCACCUGGCUGCCAUGGCAACAGUUAGGGACCAGGUUUCCGACAUGUUGAGCGAAAUAAGGAAUAUCCUAAAAACAAAUAAACAAAGGAAAGAUCGAGAUCGACAUCAGUUGUCAGACGAGGGUCAUUUACAGGUAAAUAACAAUGAGCUGUCAGAAGUUACAUAGUGCAAUGUGUGUACGUAACUGGUUGAUGUAGACUGUAAGUCAAUUUAUUGAUUUCAUAUCUCUCAAAUGGACGGUAUCGGAUGGCGGACGUGGAAGAAUGUUGUCUUGGCAUGUUCAUAAUAUUUCUCAAUCGUUUGAAUCGCGUACUCGUGAGGAAUAUUGUCAGUACUAGAAGAUGAAAUUCGUAAAGGGCAUGUAACGUUCUGUUCAUUAUAUUUAUGCUACACAACUGAAUCAGGAAAAUUGUAAAACACAUUUUAAAAGCACCGAAUGCAGACAUCGCCUGCACGUAAAUUCAACUCGAAGAAAUGCUGGGUCUUUUGAGAUAAAGAAUAACACCAGUCCUCAUGACAAAAAAGGUUCAUACUUGGGAAAUUAGCUGGCAAAAUACAACAAAGAAAGGCUUUAGUUAAUUAUAAUUGCUCUUCUUUGCAGACGGGAGAGUCCUCCGCGGCCAAUGGAAAUCAUAAUCACGUACAGCUUUAAUCAUGAUCACUGAUAAAGAGACAUUUGGUUAUAUUUCUAAAAUACAUCCAGCUACUGAAAAUUACAACUUACAGUGAAAUUCUUUGAUGAACGAAAUGGUGAACUGAAAUAUUGAAUGAAAUAUUACAUGAAGUUGGUGCGUGAAGGCAACGAGAAAUUCUGUGGGAGGCAAAAUAUCUGUUCAUUCCUUGUGUGGAAUUAUUCUCUGGCGCGCUAUCGCAAAGUGUUUCUCUCUCUCUAGCGUGUGUGAGCAUGCCUUAAUCAUUAGCGCUUCAGCACCAGCAUUUCUUCAAAAAUAUGAGGUCUUGAGCAACGCGGAAGGUCUGUAAGGGAUCUAGCACUGAUGGCAGAUUCUUAGGCAACCUUUUCCCAACUCCUACGAUCCGUCUCAGAACUUCCCG